AUGAACUUCAUACACACACAACCUGCCGAUCGAUACCAAAGACAAUUUGGUUUGCUGACCCGGUUCGGGCUCCAAUCUAAUGUGAUUCGUGUGGCAUCCUACACCAAUGUCGAGGCCGAGGGAGCGGUGCUAUCCAAAGCAGUGGUUUACCCGGCCCUUCGAAAGGUCGUGCAAGAAUAUCCCGAGCUGGGCAUGAUUUCCUUCUAUGGCCAAUCUAAGAAAAAGAAAGCUCAGCACCGGUCCUUCUCGGGCAUCUUAUCCCACAUCAAUCUCGAUGAUCAUGUGGAAUUCCUGGAAAUUCCGACGGAAGAGGGAAAGGCAGGCUUGACUACAACAAUCGAGCGAUAUCAUGGUGUAUGGUUUGAUUCAUCGAAAAAGCCGCCAUGGAGGCUCGUGGUGGUGAAUGGAAAGCAUGCUAUCUUUGUGUUUGACCACUUUAUCACCGAUGGACGCGGGAGCACUUUCAUCUUCGAGAGCCUGCUAGAGGCACUCAACUCGCCAAAUCAAUGCCACAACGGCUCAUCUAUCAUUGAAUUGACCACAGAGGUGAAGGGAUUUCCUGAGGUUGAUCCAGUCAAACGAUAUGGAACGGGUCCAUCGAUUCUUUUUGCCAUCAUGAGUUACAUCCGUUUCUGGUGCAUUCAAUUUUUCUACCGGGGAACUGAUCUCUUCUUCAACGAUGCUAGAUAUCAGCAACGGGAUUUGGCCUUCGGUGAACCAAAAAAAGAAGACAAUUUAGUCGUUACAAAGAUUGACACGCUCUGCCUGGAAGCUGACACGAUGAGCAAAUGUCUUCAAGCCUGUCGCGAGCACCAGACCUCAUUUACCAGCCUCUUACACACGCUCAUCAAGGUGAGCCUGUCAGCUGAUUUCUACCCCAAAGCCAAAUUCAGCCAUUCCGUAACUGGCAUCGACGUCCGGCCUUAUCUUCUCAACCAGGACAGGGAUAAAACUAUAAGCACAGCAGUGUCCAUCAUUUCGAGUUUUGACUGGCUACACACAUUUCAUCAAGCAGGUCAAAGCACAGGCUCAAUAGACCCUGUUCCAGUUAACUCGGAUUUGUUAUGGGAACUGGCACGUAAACAUAGGGCUCAUGUGGUCAAUGAUCUGAACCACAAACGGUCGUGGAUGAAAGCCUGGCUGUCGAUCGACUUGAUCGGGGACGAUGAAGAAGAAUACAUUUCUCAACUCUUGCCGGGUCUGAAGAUUGUGCAGAAAAAUUCAUUUGCCGUAUCCAACCUAGGGGCUUUUGAUAACCGGUCGGCCAGACCAUGGAUUAUUUCCAACAUGGAAUUUUCGGCGGGUGCUGUUAAAGCGGGUUACGGGCCGAAUCUGGUUUUCAACGUUGCUGGUGUUCGCGAUGCCGCCACUGUCAUUCAUGUUAGCAGUGAGGAGGGUUCUUUGUCUAAUGAUUUUGUCGCUUUACUUCUUGGGAGUAUCGAGAAGCGAAUACUCGCAGUUAUCUAG